UCUCUUUCAAUUUAAUAAAAAGAUGUCCGAUUCGUCUUCCGAUGGUGAUGAAAACACACCAAAAAAAAUACCGAAAACAACGAUUUUGUUCAAAUUGGUUGAGAGACGAGAAGCUACUGGGAUGGCUGGAGCCGGUCAAAGAUGACGAAUUUAAAUGCAGAUGCAAGGCUUGUGGUAAAAUAUUAAAUUGCGGUAAAUCAGAUUUAAAUAAACAUGCUAAUACCCAAAUGCAUAAAAAAUGUUUCAAAAACAAAAACCAACACAAUGGAAACAUAUUUUGGCAAGCAAGUCCCUGAAAAAAAUGAUGUGGCCGAUUUCGAAAUCCGCUUAAGUCUUUUUUUUGCGGAACACAAUUUAGCUGCUCAAGCUAUUGAUCACUUAAUUCCAUUAUUAAAAGAAAUUGCACCAGAUUCUUCAAUUAUAAAAAAAUGCCAAUUAGGGCGAAUUAAAUGUACAAAAAUUAUUCAGAAUGUUUUAUCCCGAGAAGAAAAGGAAAAUCUAAUCAGAAAGCUUCAAAUAUAUAAAUUUUCUGUGCUAUUGGAUGAGAGUACUGAUGUUUCUUCACAAAAAACUAUGUGUCUUCUUGUAAGGUAUUAUGACGAGGAGCAAGAAAAAACGUUUGUCCAAUUGUUGGAGUUAAUCCACGUGGGAGCUGAUUGCACCGCUGAAGCACUUUAUGGCCUUUUUAAAAAAUGUAUUUUAUCAUUCAAUAUACGCUUUGAUAAUAUCAUUGGACCUUGUUGCGAUGGCGCUAAUGUUAUGGUCGGACAAAACAAUUCGUUCGCAUCCAGACUUUUGAAGGAUAAUCCCGACGUAAUAACAAUCAAAUGUAUAUGCCACACUGCCGCCAUCAUAGCAAACAAAUCUUGCCUAAUGUUGCCAAGAGCCCCAGAGGAUUUGGUAAGACAAAUAGGAACAUACAUUUCCGGCAGUUCUAAAAGAUGUUCUCAGCUAGAGAAGUUCCAAGAAAUGAUGAACAAAGAAAAAAGAAAAAUAUUAAGAACAUCAACAACCAGGUGGCUGUCUCAUCAAAAAUGCAUUGAAAGAAUAUUGGAUAAUUGGCAAGUUCUAGUUGAAUAUUUUAAAUUUGCAAUUAAACAGGAUAAGUUGAAAUCUGCGGAUGUUAUAUUGACUGAACUUACAAAUGAGUGAAAUAAAGCUUACUUACUUUUUUUGAAA